GCCCGCCAGGGGCCGGCCCAGCGCCGCCGGGGAGGAGCGGGAGCGGGAGCCCGCCGCCAGCCGCCGGGGCCCUGCGGCCGUGAGGGGAGCGCGGGGGGGCGGAGGGGAGUGCCGCGCUGACCGCUCCGUUUGGGGAUUCGGAACCUGCUUAGAGCCUGCAUUCAUCAGCCCAGCAGAGGCCCGAGCUGCCCGCUUCGCUUCCUCUGUCUCCGAGGUGGAGCUGCAUCACCCAUCUGUGAGAGGAGCGCUCAUCUGUGAGACCCCUGCGUCGUGCAGCCACCUGCACGCUGUCAUUUCCCGCCUCUCGUUCUUGAAGAUCCACGUUUAGCCUACUUCGCAGGCGCUAAUUUUUCUGUGCACGUAACCAUUAAAAUUGCUUGGUCCAGAAGAGCGUUUGUGGGCCAAGUGAAAAGUCCUUUGAGGAGGGUUGGUAGCAGAAAGGUUGGAUGAUCCCCACCAUUUUAAGUCAUACAAGUCAUCGUGGAAGAUGCUGAAGUGUUGAAUGCAUUGGUUAGUUCUCCGAUUAUGUUUGUGAGUCUGAAAAGUGUUUUGACUUUCAAGUUCCAGCUUAAGCAAAUGAAUGAAUGAGGAAGAACUUUCUCUCCAAGGAAAAACCUCCUCUGAUGCUCAGGGAGAAUGUUGUAUUUCACCUUUAGAAAAUACCAGAAUUAAAUCUGUACUAGAAGCAGCUUUUGAAGGAUGUGCAUAUACCAAAAAAUGGUCUGUUUUGAGGGUUGAUUCAGUGACUGCAAUAUCAUCUGCUAAAUGUGAGCAUAGCUUAUAACUAUUAGAGAAUAAGUGUUGGAAGAAUUUUUACUCUUUCUCCUUUCUUCUUACUACCUUCUUGCUAUCCUCUGAAGUACCUGCUACAGUACACUGGAAGCUACUGUAGGAAGCCCUGCUAUAGUGACUUCUGGUACUGAUGUUAUAUUAGUCCUGUUCCUGAGCUUUGAGUCAAUAUGUCGAAGAAAUCGGAGGCUCCUCUUGCCUUAGCUGACUGCCUGUGUCAAAUUUGCAUGGAGAUCUUUGUGGAGCCUGUGACACUACCGUGCAACCACACCCUCUGUAAUUCUUGUUUCCAGCUGACAGUUGAAAAUGCCAGUCUUUGUUGCCCUUUUUGUCGGCGUCGAGUCUCUUCUUGGGCACGAUAUAAUGCCCGCAGAAACACUCUUAUCAACUGGGAGUUCUGGGAAAAGAUUCAGAAGAAUUAUCCAAAGGAAUGCGAGCGUAGAAUUAACGGACAGGAUUUGGAAGAGGAAAUCUGUGUCCCUCAUCCACAACACCAGCUGAGCAAACCUGGGGAACUGAGACAGGAAUAUGAAGCAGAGGUUAGCAAGGUGGAGGCAGAAAGGCGAGCACAUGAACAAGAGGAAAACAAGGCGAGUGAGGAAUACAUUCAAAGGCUGCUAGCAGAAGAAGAGGAGGAACGCAGACUGGCAGAAGAAAGACGGAAGGAGAUGGAGAAACAGCUUAAACAAGAUGAAGAAUUGGCGUGGGAGCUGAGCAACAGCCUGAAUGACAGUUCCAGAGAACGUGUGCUCAGCAGUCCUUCCCCAGGAGACAGCCUCUCAUGUGCACCAUUCACAGCUAAUUUGUGCAAGAUGAAGAGCAAACCAAGCAACUCUGGAGACAUUCAGAAGUAUCUGUCUCCAAAGCGUCAUCGUACAUCGGGAUCAACUUCCUUCUCCAGAACAACAGAAGGAGGCAGGAGUGACUCUGGCUCUGUGGAGACCAGUAACAAUGAAGGCAGCAGUACUGUGUGGCAAGAUGAGCAAGAGGAAAUGCCAACGUUGUCUCCACAGCUGUCUGGUGUGACCAAGUCUUCCACUGCUCAGGAUUCGUUUUUGGAGUCAUGCAUGAACUACUUAAGUGCCUCAACUUCAGAGGAGACCACCACUGUCAAGCAGAAAAAAUCAGCUGGGCCAAAUUGUCUGGCAGUUGAAGUUCCGGAUACGCUUUGUGGAGUUGCAGAAGGGGAAGGGGCUAGAACAGUUCUUCCUAGAACUAGAGGAGAAGACGGAGUAGAGUUGGACAGUGGCAGUUUAACACAUGUAGAACGCAUAAGCCUUGAAAACUGUGCUGAAACUAGUGCUUGUAUUCAGUCAGCGUCAAAUUCUAUGAUGUCUAACAGCAGAAGUGUGAUACGUGAUCUCAUGAAGGUGGCUGGAAACCCAGAUGAAAAGAUACCAGAGAGCUUGCAGAACACUAUGGAGACUCCAAAAAGGAAAUCUCUGGAACCACUGGCUGAAGCAGUGGUUGACUUGGGUGUGCUUGAUAAGAGGAGAAGAACUUUCCCAGAAACUUCAGGGGACGAAGGGGAGCAGAUAAAUGACUUUGACUUGCAAAUGCAGAAAGCCUUUGAGCAGGAGCUCUAUGAAAGGCGUCUGCAAGAGGAGCAGGAUAGGCUUCUGGCUCUGCAGCUGCAAAGACAGCUCAACAAGGAGGAAAGGUCACUCAAUCGACAAAAAGGCUCUCCCGAUGAGUACCUUCUUCGCACCAAAACACCUCAGUCUGUGAAAGACUCUUCUGCUAGAAAGGGAAGUUGUAAGAAGGCAAAGGACAUGAAGCUACCAAAAAAACAGACUGAAACAAAUCACCGCAAGGUUCGGAAAGGUUCGUGCAAUGAAAACUGGCAGUCUCCUACCAGAGUCCGAAUGAAGUCACCAGGCCUCAAGGGCGGAAACGUUUUGAAUUGUGUCGUUAAUACCAGUGACUCAAAUGAUAUUUGUUCCUUGCCUAAAAAAGAGCAAAAGACAAUCCUUCAAAUGUUUAAAAGCCCUGUUGCAGAGUAGAGCAACAGAACCACAGACACAUGGUGGAAAGGAUCAGAAUUAAAACCAUGGUAGUGCUUUCCCCUGUGUUAGGCAAAGCUCCCUCUAAACAGUUGAAAAGGUGAUGGUUUUGACGGGAUCACUUUAGGCUACAAGAGCAACCAAAACUGUCUGCUUAUUAAAACUUGCAGUGAAUGUUUCUGAGAAGUUUUAAUAGCUCUUGUCCCUAGACCUUAAAAAUUUUAAUUGGCCUCUUCUUGACUGUGGCUUAUUUUCUACGACUUGCAUUUGCAAGUUUGUUUGUUUGUUAUAAUUUUGAGUGUAAAUACUCUUUAGUGUUUAAAAUCUAAAAUAACUGUUGGUCUUAUGUUAGAAUAAGAAUUCGGAGCCUUCUAAGAGAAGGAUGCACAUCUCCCAGAUGUGAAAUGAGAGGUGAGUCUGUAUCUCCAGUAGUCUGCUGACCGAGAUCGAGGCUUCACUCGGCACAGCCGCUGUUCUGUUAAACUGAAGCACGUUACUGGAAUUUGGUCUGUUUGCUGAAUUGCGCUGUUUGCCUGGCAGUUACCAAGGGUAUAACCAGACAGCCAGUCUUGCAAACACGCUCCUUCCCUCCCCCUCAACCUGCCGUGUAGUAGCCCCUUUCUUAGUCAGAGGGGGAAAAACAGAUCGUUCCCCCACAGCCAGAGGCAAGAAUCUCUUAGAGAUGCUGAUAAGCUAACUGGUUGUGGGCUUGUAUGUACUCUGUUCAUUUCUACCUCUGUUAAUUUUGUUUUCUUAGUGCUAGUAUUUUGUAACUUUAUUCUUAUACAAUACUGCCUACAUUUACUGCUGUUUAACUUUCAUAUGCAAACUGUUGAGUCUGAUUAAAAGCAUAUAUAUUCAAAAAUUAUUAGUCCAGGAGACAGUUACAAAACCAAAAACAAAAACCAAAAGGGGAAAAGCAAAUGGAAACUGGAGUUGUCAGUAAUGACUUAACAACCCUAAAGAUUCAUUUAACUUUCAACUGGAGUUCAGCUACCAUGCCUGACUGUAACUGUUGUGGCUUGGGUUGUUGGUUUUUUUUGAGGACUACCAAAUACUGUUUUCCAGUUGGGUUUAAAAGUAACAGCACUGAAAGGAAUUACAACCCAGAUGUGUGGGGAAGGUGACAGCUGUGGGAAGUUGGAAAAGCUGACUAGCUGCUAGUCAGCAGAGGAAGUAUUCCUGUUAUAUUGUUUUGUGUACUGCUGUUGUGAAGCCAUCUCUUGGCCUUUCUUUCCAUGUAAUGAUAUAUUUCUCAAGUAUAUGUUUUUGAAUGAGAGAAAAACGCCAACCUAUGCUGCUGAAAUAUGCGUGCUUAUAACUGAAGGUAGGAAGUGUUUCAAAUGUGUACUUUUUUUGGAACGUCAUGGACUCAUGAAGUCAUGGAACCAUCUAUGAACUUUCAACUGGGCUCUGAGAUGCUUGUAACAAAUGUUUCAAAGCAGUAACUUCUGGUGUUUUUUAAGUUAACUAAAAAAAUUUAUUGAAAGCAUAAACUGACCCAAAAAUGUGAUUUUUUUUUUUCUUUGCUUGCAUGUCUCUAAUAGUGGUGGGUUUCUCCUAAAUAAACAGCCUCUUCAAA